AUGGACAACGUCAACAGAAACUUUGAUAUCUUGUCGAUCUAUCGCCGAGGCCGAUACAUUCCCCAGCGUAUGAUCUCCGGAGUCGACCCUCGUACGCAGCCAAUCCCCGCGUUCCUUCGACUCAACCCACUUCGACGGGCCGACCUGUCCUCGGGCAGCUUUGUAGACACCCUCCCCUCUCUCAAGUCUACUAACCUCGACAAAUUCUUACGUCCUGAUAGCCAAACUUGCAGGACAUGCCCGCAAUGCGCUGAGACUCUCUUAGGUCCGGAACCUAUCGGUGCCAACGGUAGACCCGUCCCUACCGUGUGCGAGAACUGCAGACAAAGCAACAUCAGGGAGCAGGUCCUCCGCAACAUCGCCGCCGAGGCACUUCUUCUGCUCCACAGCGGCGCCGUCCCGGUCCACGACAGUGCAAAUAGGACCCCCUACAGCCCUCCAAAGGAAGAGGAAAGCCGCACUCUCUCCUGGGAAUAUGAAGAGUUCCAGCCCCACAGACCAUCCCUCUGCGUCCGCUGCAAGAGGCCGGGGGUGCCGUGUGCGCCCGGAAGAAGACGUUGCGCAGAGUGCAUCUCCAUUCUCAUCGCCUUUGGCCCGGACGAAAACCCCCAAGAAGGAGGUGAUGGACAAACUCACCAGCACCAUAGCACCACCCCUCAGCCAUCAUCACGACUCACGCGACAGUCGCGCAUCCACAACGGGGCGCCACAGCUUUGUGACGUCUGCCGCAGCAAGCACGUUCCCGCGGGCACGAAGCGCUGCGAGGACUGCAUCGCCCCAGAUACCCCGGCGACGCCGCUGACCGCCUACUUCACUUCGCAGGGCUGCAUCCUCUGCGAACACAACUACGUCGUGGCCGGAAAGUCCUACUGCAGGAAGUGCCUGUACGAGGGGACCACCGGUGCCGCGCCCCUGCAGGCCCUCCACAGCCUCCCGGCGGCCGAGAUCAUGCAGUGCUCGGGUUGCGGCCACCAGGUCCAUAGGACUCCCGAGGGUUGCUGUCGCGACUGUCGGGAGAGCGGGCCGAGCGGCAGCGGUAGGCGUCCCCAGAACCCGGCACUGGACGACGACGAGGACGACGAGCUUUUGGAUCGGGGGUCCUCGAUGGACACCUUGAUCAAGACAAAGUGCGGGUGCGGCAAGAACUUUGCACCGCAGAGCAGGAUUCUGUGCGUAGAUUGUCUGGCUGCUCGCAGGAUGGUAGGUAGCAGGGGGUGGCCUGCGUGGAAGAAGAAGCAUUGGCCGGUGCAUCGAAGGCGCUGGAAUAAGAAGACGGGAGGCGCCUGA